AUGCGAUGUAAUGAGGGUGGCUCUGAGGACGACUCUGAGGACGACUCUGAGGACGACUCUGAGGACGACUCUGAGGACGACUCUGAGGACGACUCUGAGGACGACUCUGAGGACGACUCUGAGGACGACUCUGAGGCCGACUCUGAGGACGACGAGCAAGUGUGUUUCCAUUUUACCGCUCUUCUACGACAAAAGAGUAACGUGGAAGGAGGUGAUGACUCUGACGACCAGCAAGCAGAAACACAGGUGGCUACCGUUCCUUCCGGUCGCAAGCGGGCUCCCUCGAAGAAGUGGUGA